AUGCCUCAACUCGAGCUUAGUCAGCUCAACAUCGUUCUUUCCGUCACUGGCGCGUUCUUGGUGCUUUAUGGUAUUAUUUCUUCAAAGAUCAAGUAUUCUUGGUAUCUCGGAGAAGCUCUCCCAGCAACCGUCAUAGGAAUCAUUCUUGGUCCGACCGCCUCAAAAUUCGUAGAUUCUGCAACUUGGGGAGAGGCCAAUGAAGACACCCUACAUGAGAUCACUUAUGGAGUUAGUAGAGUCGUUAUUGGAAUCCAGCUCGUCAUCGUGGGGUUUCAGCUCCCUGCGAAGUACCCGCUCAUUCGUUGGAAAGAAUUCGCCUUCGGGGCAGCGCCCGUCCUGACCAUCAUGUGGCUCUCCACCUCUGUCUGCGUAUACGUACUCAUUCCAAAGGUCACAUGGCUUGGCUCAUUGGUCAUCAGCUCAUGCGUUGCUUGCAACGAUUCCGUCCUGUCCCAAGCCAUCGCCAAAGGACCUUUUGCCGACAAAUACGUCCCUAGACGCAUUAGAGACAGUGUCUCCGCCGAGGCUGGAGCCAACGAUCUCUUUCAGUUUCCCAUGCUGAUGCUCGCAACAUUCCUUAUCAGACAUGCAGCCGCUCCGGGUGCUGGUGCGGCGAACACGGAGGAGAUCAGCAUUAUCUCGGGUGCGGACGAUGUCGGGAGGAUUGGGGGUGGCAUUGGCGUAGCUCUCAGGAUGUGGGUUUUGGAGACGUGGUUGUACACUGUGCUUCUUAGCAUCGCGUACGGGGCGGUGGUCGGGUAUCUGAGUUGCCUGGCUAUCAAGUUUGCACUUCGCAGGAAGUGGAUCGACUCGGAGAACCUAUUCUUGUUCCCCACAGCCAUUGCCCUCUUCGUCCUCGGCACCGCCGGCGCUAUCGACACAGAGGAUCUUCUUGCCUGCUUCGCCGCUGGCAUUGCACUCAACUGGAAUGGCAUUUACCAGGAAGAGUGCGACAACAGACACGAUGGAGUCAACCCGACCAUUUGUUCUCUCCUUAACUAUGGAGGCUUCCUCUACAUUGGCACCGUCAUGCCAUGGAAGGAAUUCAACGGCUCGGAAAUAACCGGCAUCAGCGGCAUCUUCUUUGCGGAGCACACCCGUCAUCUAUUCCCUGAGCUUGGGGAAGGUGACGCCGAAGAAACCAGCCUUAUCGCCGCUCUUGGUCCUACUGUGUACUGGCUGGUGCUUUUUUCCAUCGUCGUUCACGGCGUUUCGGUCCCGCUCCUCGAUUUCAUCUAUAGAAAAUUGGGUGUAUCGACAAUCCCCCACGAAGACACCCUUCCCCUAUCACGGACCCCUUCUCUACCCCGCUACAGCGAGUCUCCAGGAAGUCGAGAGGCAACGGUUGUGGUUGAAGACAAGCAAGUCGGGAAGUCCUCGUUCGAGACUGUCUCACUCGAGAAGGUCUCAUGGGAGGAUUCGUGGAGCGCGGACCGUAAAUCAUCGUUUGAUGAUGACAAAAAGAGCUUAGAUGUUUCGGACUUUAAGGCAGAGAUGAAGGAAUUUGUUUGA